AUGGCGAAGAGCAGCAGCAAACCCUACUUCAACAAGGUGUUUCAGUACCACUUUCACACUGUAAGCCUGGUGAAAGAUGAACAAGUCAAGCCAUUCCACAGUGUCAUGUCCCUUGCACGCCUCAUCAUUGCAUUGGUGGACCUAGCACAGGAGCUGCCUGGAGGUAAGCUUGUGUCUCAACAUAACUUUGAGAUUGACAGCAAACAGGACUGGGAGGUUUGGCCACAGGCCAAGAAGAGCACUGCAAGGCUGAACUUGCUGCUCUACAUUGCUUGGCGGUACCUGGUAUAG